AGCCACUGCCACACAACCUCAUCACUCAAUUUGUGUGGCAAAGAAUUUAGAUAGCCCUGUUCUCAAAUCCUCUUCUUCUCUCCAAUCCAAUCCUCAGACUGAGCUGAGACAUCCAUCCUAAUCACAAAGCGGUUACCAUGGCGAACAUGAUUAUGGCUUCCUCCAAACCCUUGGUACCAGUCUGCACUAACUCCCGGUCCCCCACACCCAGAGUUCCCAUUCUCCAAAUUUCACUCCCCAAAGUCCCAACCUUGAAGCUGAAACUCCCAAUUUCAAAGCCCCAAUUGUUGUCCCUCAUGGGGAUGGCACCACUGGUCUUGGCCCAGCCCUCGCUUGCAGCAGAAAUAGAGAAAGCAGCUCUCUUCGAUUUCAACCUGACCUUGCCCAUAAUAAUGGCGGAGUUUCUGCUGCUGAUGGUUGCCUUGGACAAGGUUUGGUUCACCCCACUUGGGAAAUUCAUGGACGAAAGGGACGCGGCGAUCAGGGAGAAGCUGAGCAGCGUGAAGGACACCUCUGAGGAGGUGAAGCAGUUGGAGGAGAAGGCCAAUGCAGUGAUGGCGGCUGCUCGGGCGGAGAUAGCGGCGGCUCUGAACACGAUGAAGAAGGAGACGCAGGCUGAGGUGGAGCAGAAGAUUGCCGAGGGUAGGAAGAAAGUGGAGGCUGAGCUGCAGGAGGCUCUCGCUAGCUUGGAGAAGCAAAAGGAAGAAACCAUCAAGUCCCUUGAUUCCCAGAUUGCUGCUCUAAGUCAGGAGAUUGUUAAUAAGGUUCUUCCUAGUGCUUAAUUUGUAAUUCUCAAUCCCUCACCAAAGGAUUGCUUGUUUCUACUUUUCCAUUUUGGAUGUGUCAAUUGUUUAAUCGCAAUACUCUUCAAUGUAUAAUCCCAGAUUCACGUAUGAAUAUGGCCCCCGUUAUUUAAAAAAUAUUAGAAUACGUAGGAAAAAUCCCCCACCCCAUCUAUGUGCAUCUCUUCCCAUUAAAUGUUAAUUUCUUUUUCGGGUAUUGAGGAGGA